AUGAGCAACAGCAUGCGCGACUUGAUUGACGGCGAGGCCGAGCUCGAUGACGAAGAGGAUGAUGAGUCCUUCGAUGAGGAGGCCGGCGACCGCCCGAGAAGAAGACCCAAUAUUGAUGAUUCCAGCGAAGAGGAGGAAGAUGACGAAGAUGAGGAAGAGGCCAGAAAGAUCCGCGAAGGUUUCAUCGUAGACGAAGAUGAAGAGGACGAGGCUGAAGAUUCCGACGCGCGCGAACGCCGGAGGAGAAAGAAGCGCCGUAGGGAGCGCGAAGAGGAGGAGCAGCUUGACGAAGAGGAUCUCGACCUUAUUGGCGAAGCCAUCCCUGAGUGGGAGCGGAAACCACAACCCCAGCAAACCAAGUUCAAGCGCCUGAAACGGGGUCAUAGGGAUGACCACCGCCCCACUGAACGCCGCGGUCUUGCCGAGAUCUUCUCCGACGAAGACGAAGAGCACGAUGAUCGAGGCUACGGCCGUCCCAGCGGCCGCCCUCAAGCGGACGAGUUUGAUGACUUCAUCGAAGACGAUUACCCCGAGGAUGACGAAGAACGCCGACACCGCGAAGAAGACGAGGAGGUUGCUCGUCCCAAGGAUAGGGGCCUUAACAUUGACACAACCGGCCUCGACAAGGAUGCUCUCGAGGAUAUGGAUGCCAUCUUCGGCAAUGGCGAAGACUACGAAUGGGCUUUGCAGCUGGAGGAAGAGCAGGAGCAUGCCGAGCGAACAAAGGAGGAUAUCGAGUUGCAGGAUGUCUUCGAGCCAUCGCAGCUCAAGGAGAAGCUUCUUACCGACGACGACAACAAGAUUCGGUUCAACGACGAGCCUGAGCGCUUCCAGCUCGAUCGCAAGGCUUUCAAGAAUCUCCAAAUGACGUCCGACCAGUUCAAGGAAGAGGCUCGGUGGAUCAGCAACCUGAUGCUACCAAGCAAGGGUCUUUCUAGUGAGCUUCACGGCCCGUUCAACAAGGCUGUGGGCAAGGUCCUCGAAUUCUUCGUCAUUGACGGCGUCGAGGUUCCCUAUGUUUUCCAGCACCGAAGAGACUAUCUCAUCCACGCCAAGAAGAUGCGCAACCCGAACCGCCGCGAUGACCCCGACGCCCCUGAGUAUACCGUUGACGCCGAGAAGCUCCUUACCCAAGAUGACCUGUGGAAGGUCCUGGAUCUCGACAUUAGGUUCCGGUCUUUCCUGGAGAAGCGUAACGCGCUAGAGUCAACCUACGACAAGCUGAAGGAGAAGACGCGAGACGAUACCCUUGAAGAGAUGAUACGCCAAGCACAGACCAUUGAGGAGCUCCAGGAUCUCCAAGAUUACCUAAACUUUCAGUACUCGGCGGAGCUCAAGGACCUUGCUGCUAACGAUAAUAGCGCACAGCGUGAAAUCAAGAGGGCCGGUGGCAGGACAGCUCAGUUUGAACGCAUUCGGCGAUCCAGUGCCUACAAGUUUGUUCAGGCACUCGGAAUAACGCCUGAUCGUCUUGCGAAGAACAUUCUGCGCGAAAGCAAGAAGGUGACCUCAGAAGACGAUUCAAGACUACCGGAUGAUCUCGCCGACGCCUUGGUAGACGCUGAUUUCCCGACCGGCGAGCAGGUCAUCAACGCCGCUCGCCAGAUGCUUGCCGAAGAGAUCUGCCGUCGUACUGAUAAGGGUCUACGCAAGAUCGACGAGGCGAAUCCUUACUACGAGGUCAAGUAUCUCAAAAACAUGAGCAUCGCCGAUCUUGCGGUUCGACCGGAGCUCUUCCUCAAGAUGAUGAAGGCAGAGGAAGAGGGCCUCAUCGAAAUCAAGGUUUCGCUGGAAAACGACAAGGAAUUCAGGCAACAACUUUUCAGUGACUUUGCCUCGGAGAACUUCAGCGAGCUUGCCGACAAGUGGAAUGAGCAACGUCAAAAGGUGAUCGAUUUGGCCUUCGACAAGCUGGUAAAGGUCAUUGUCAAGGGUGUGAAAGACUCCUUGCGGACGGCGUGCCAAGAUGAGCUGCUCAAAACCUGCCGUGAGCUCUACUUUAAGAGGCUGGAUCAAGCCCCUUACAAGCCUAAAGGUAUGGUUAUCGGCACGACUCCCCGUGUGCUCGUUCUGUCGAAUGGCAUGGGCGACCCCAACCGUGAACCUGUAUCCUGGGUCUCGAUGGAUGAAGAUGGAAGGAUCCUCGAACACGGCACCUUUACCAACUUGGCUCGUGAUGAGAGUCAGCGUGAGGCUUUGGCUGAGCUAGUCAGGCGUCGGCAACCUGAUGUUAUUGGCAUCUCUGGUUUCUCAGCCGACACACACCGUCUCAUCAAGGAUGUUGAGGGUCUUGUCAGUGAAAAGGGACUGGUCGGCCCUGAGUACGAUGACCCGGAGACAAACGAGUACCGCUCUGACCUGCUCGAGGUGAUUGUCAUCAACGAUGAGGUCGCCCGGUUGUACAAGGACAGCCCUCGUGCGGUUUCAGAUCACCCGAGCCUCCACCCAAUGACCAGGUACUGCAUUGCUCUGGCUAGAUAUAUGCAGAACCCCAUGAAGGAGUAUGCGGCCCUUGGCAAGGAUGUCACCUCUCUUCAAAUUCACCCCUACCAGCAGUACCUUCCUCAAGCAAGGCUGCUCAAGCACCUCGAGACGGCCAUGGUCGACAUGGUCAACCUCGUCGGUGUCGACAUCAACGUGGCGAUGCAGGACGCUAAUACCGCGCAUCUUCUUCCCUAUGUCGCUGGUCUUGGUCCUCGUAAAGCACAACUGCUCAUUAAGGGUAUCAACAAGAACGGCGGCGUUGUCACCUCGCGUGACGAGCUUGUCGGUGACCCCGAGCGACACAAGCUUCCGGUCCUUGGCCCUCGCGUGUGGAACAACUGCGCCAGUUUCCUUUUCAUCGAGUACGAGCCUACGAACCCUGAGUCCGACCCGCUAGACAACACGCGUAUCCAUCCUGAGGACUACGAUCUUGCCCGGAAGGUGGCAGCCGAUGCAUUGGGCUUGGACGAGGAGGAUGUCAAGGCCGAAACUGACGAGAACGGUGCUGGUGCGAUUGUUCGCAAGCUCUUCAAGGAUGAUGAGCAGGACAAGGUCAACGAGCUCAUCCUAGAGGAAUAUGCGGAGCAGCUAGAACGCGAGUACCAACAGCGCAAGCGUGCAACUCUCGAGACUAUCCGGGCUGAGUUGCAGGUUCCGUACGAGGAGCUUCGCAAGAAGUUUGAGAGCCUAACCGUUGACCAGGUCUUCACCAUGCUCACCGGUGAGAACCGCGACUCGCUCUGCGAGGGCAUGAUUGUGGCGGCCAAUGUUCGCGUAGUGAAGGAUGACUUUGCUAUUGUCAAGCUGGACUGCGGCAUUGAGGGACGCAUUGAGUCUCACGAUGUUUCGUAUCGCCACUCCAUUAAGGAUGUGCUCCACGUUGGGCAAGUCGUUCAGGCCAAGCUCAUUGAUCUCAACCGCAAGGAGUUUGUGAGCAAACUCUCAAUGAGGGAUGAAGAAAUGAGGCGACCAUUCCGCAGGCACUUUGACCACGGUCGCGAUCAGUGGGAUUACAGGAGGGAGGAUGAGGACAGGGAGGAGCUUCGCGAGAAGGACAAGACCACGGGCCGUGCACAGAGAGUGGUCAACCAUCCUCUAUUCAAGCCCUUCAACAGCACGCAGGCCGAGGAGUAUCUGGGCAGUCAGCCGUCUGGCGAGGUUGUUAUCCGACCUUCUAGUAAAGGUAACGAUCACCUCGCCAUCACCUGGAAGGUGGCGGAUGGUGUGUUCCAGCAUGUCGACGUGCUCGAGUUGCAGAAGGAGAAUGAGUUCGCUGUCGGCCGUGUCCUCCGCGUGGGCAAGUACACAUACCAGGAUCUGGACGAGUUGAUUGUGGACCACGUCAAGGCCAUGGCCAAGAAGGUGGAUGAGCUCAUGCAGUGCGAUAAGUUCCAGAAGGGCUCCCGUAAUGAGACUGAGAAAUGGCUCACCACCUACAUGGACGCCAACCCCAACCGGUCGACAUACGCAUUCUGCAUCGACACCAAGCACCCCGGUUACUUCUUCCUCUGCUUCAAGGCCAGCCGAAACUCGCGAGUCAACGCCUGGCCUGUGCGCGUCAUCCCUCAUGCGUUCGAGCUCAUGAAGAGCCAGUACCCAGAUGUUAGAGCCCUCUGCAACGGCUUCAAGCUCCGGUACCAGAGUGAGAUGUUGAAGCAGCAGUCAGGAGGCAGAUAG